ACAACAAUCGAGGACUUUUAGUGUGGAAGGAUUGGUAUUACGAUUACGAAUGACAUUAACAGCUGAAAAUGACAUUGACAAUUUGACAACCGGAUUUUUUAUGGUUGUAUUUUGGAUAAAAUUGAAUGGGGAAGAUUAUAAAUUAAUAAUUUUAGAAAGUCACCAAGUGCACUUCAAAGCAAAAUGACUACACCCGAUGCAUUUACGACGGAAUUCCAUAAUUUACAAGGUGUAACAGUCGCAGAAAAGAGAAAAAGUUUUUUCCUCUUGCUGCAAAGAAACACGUCGCUGCACCAAAAUGAAGCUUUACUGGAUUUAAUUACACAACAGUUAGUAGCUGAAACCCACCUGGAAAAACUCUUUUAUGUCGAUUUUUUAAUCUACUUUCGCCGCUUUAGAGAAUUGUCAAACGAAUUUUUAUCCGGAAAUGAUAUAGUCGUCAAUAAAAUCAGCAAACAAACCUGGUUUUUUGAAAGAAUAUUUCAAGAGAAAAACACCGACUUUGUGAAUCAAUUUUUACCAACGCUGGGUUACAACCUGCGCAUCAAAAUUCUGAGGAAACUAUCGUUUAUUUUAAAUGAAGAGCAAAGUGAUCAACUUUUAGACGCACUUCUCAAAAGAUAUGGUUUUUUUGUUGCUUCAAAUGUUUUAACCAGUUGUAGCUGUGAUAAAAUCGAACAGAUGUUGAGAAACCACCCCAUCAAGUUGUGGACCAAUCAACUCAAACUUCUAUACAACAAGAAACCUGACUUGAUUUAUGUUUACUUAGAUGAACGGGUGAAACAUGAGGGUAAUUCAGAAUUUUUAAAUUCGAACCCAAUAAUACAAUUCAUUGCAAGGAAAAAUCCAGAAAUGUGCUGCAAAUUACUAGAAAAAUACAAAAUUCAGUAUUGUAGAAUUGGGAAACGAUCAACCAAAAAAAUUGUGCAAUAUAACAGAGACAACAUCAUUGCUAAACCAGAAUUUUUUGCUAAAAAUUUAAAUUCAGCGCGUUUUGUCAGAAAACUGGGUAAAGACUUUGAGCAAGUCUAUUUUAAACUGUUUCCAAGAGACACUAAUUCCGUUUUUUCACGUUGGAAUGAUGCAGCGAGACUUCUAACUUUCUACACGAAAAAACGCCAAUUUCCCUUGUUUGAAAAAACGUUCAACGAAAUUUUUUAUGACAAUUUAGAAAGUACAUGUGCUUCUAUUAAUAAUAAUAAUAAUAACAACAACCAUCACUACAUGUUAGCAAUGAUCUCUGACCCCGACGAACGUGAAAAGUGGGCAAAAUUUAUGGGAGAACAUGACAAAAACGAACAACACUUAAAAUAUUUGAAGGCUGUGAAUUGUAUAAAUGUAAUCAAACCAAAAAUUAACCUGUUGAGUCCAGCCACAAAAAGGGCUCAGUAUGUUAAAACAAUAACUGAAUGUUGUUUGCUAAAUCAGGAUUGUGGAACUUUACUGACAGUCUGUGAAUUGCUGUGUGGGUAUUUAAAAAAUGACACUGAAGAGGUACAUACAAAAUUUUUAGAAAAGCUAACAAAUCCAAAAUAUAAUUAUAUUUUUGACCAUUUAAGCGAGACGCACUGGCAAUACAUCAAACAAAUUAUAACCAAAGCGGAGAAUUUUAACUCAGGGCCACUCGCUUUCAAGUACUUUGAAUUCACCUGUCACCAAGAAGUUCAAAGUGAAGGUGAACUCGUCAGUUUCUUCAAAACAACGAAGUGCGUUAAUUGUUUGUCUGAUUUUCCACGGCGGUUUCAAAUGGGAAAAAGAUUGCUAAUGUUUCUUAUUAAAAGUGCACCAGAAAUACUUUAUGACGACGUCACAAUUGAAAAAAUUGAUAUUCUUCUAAUUCUGGAAUGCAGGAAAUACAAUUUGAAGCACUCUGACGACAAAAUCAGUAUUUUUAGUUAUGAAAGACUAAUACAGUCGGUUAAAAAUGGUCUGAGUGGUGAAGCUGAAGUUGAAAGUAAUAACUUUGCAGCUGCAGUGGAGUGGUUAAUUUGUAGUGGUCAUGGAAGUGAAGAAUUCGAAAAUUUGGUAAAGCUUUAUUGGGAUAAUUUGGAGAAUUUUGCCACGAUAGGUCUCACCGUGUGGUUCCUUAAACAUAAACCAGAUUUAGUAAUGGCAAAGAUUAACACAUUCCUUGAUGUCGCAAUUUUUGGGAAAUUUUGCUAUCCGAAUUUCUCAAUUUUUGGGAAAUUUUGGUACCCGACCUUCUCGUACAAACAAACUCCACAAAUUUGGAAAAGCGCAAAGUGCUACAGUCACCUACAUAUGGACAAAGCGAUAAUUGACUUCUGUAUGAGUAAACUACGUGAUGACAAUUUAGAGGAAAAAAAUUCUCUCAUUGAACCAUUAUCUCUAGUCAUGCCAGCCAAAAAUUUCGUCAAAUUGGUUGAAAGUUACAAACCUUCUAAACCAACAGUGGAUAUGCUUAACAACGAAGAAAACAAAGCUUUCCAGUUUCAAAGAAACUUGUUAAAGUCGUUCGUGCAGGUGAACGAACCUGCAGACAUAGUCACAAUCUUGUUCCAAUUUUUAAAUGGAGACUAUGUAGCUUCAUGUGUUAGUCCUCUACACAGUUGUCUGUACAAAAUUCCUGAAGAUCGCGUCAAAGCAAUUUUAGACAAACUAUGCGCCACUGGAGCCGUUUCAGUAAAAAAACACGGAUUUUACUUCGUUUGUGUGACCCAGAAUGAGACUAUAAUCCUCCAGACUUUAAAGUCGUGCUCUUUGAGCCAGUCAGUAGCAAUGAGCUACCAACACUUCGUCAAAAACCCGUCACAGUCUUCAUGGGACGUUUUCAAGCACAAAUUACCAAAACUGGACAAUAACGACCACUUUACUUCCUUAUUGCUAGUCAACAAACCCGCGCCCAAAAACUAUAGAACUAGAUACUUCGAGUACGCUUUUGAAGUCUUUAGACAGAAACGCAACCGGUUUACGACCGUCCUAGUUGACAAGCUCCAAAAAGAAUUCGCCGGUCAACUAACAACCAACUUCUUUACAUCACUAAAGAACGACUUGUUUGAUAUCAAAAAGUCGGACUUCGUUUUGAGUUGUUACUUGCUGUAUUGCCCAGACACGCUAAAAUUCGACGUUAUUUUCGAUAUUCUGCGAACCUUCAAACAGAAGCGUUGGUCACUGCGGUCGUCCGAAGCGAGGGAAAAGUUGAAGAAUUUUGUCACGACUUUGCACAAAUUGUAUAUGGAUUGCGAUAAAACCGAUCUGACUCUAGUUACGACGUUUACGGAAGGUUUUAUCAAAAUUUUUUCCCCGGGUGAAGCUUUUGAAGAGUUCGUUCUGCUAAAAAUUAUGCAAUUUAAAAACCAAAAGGGCGCGAAUUUGGUCAGCUCGGUUGUUGCUUUAAACAACGAUUUCGUAAAUACGUAUGGGAAGCUGGUUUGCAAGAUUUUUGCCGAUUGUGUCAAUCAAACACUGCCGAAAUUUUGUUCAGAUUCUGUGUCCACUUACGAUUUUUACUGCUCGUUGUUGAACAGUAAGAAGAGUGUAGAAGAUGUAUUGUUAGUUAUUAACUUGCUACCUCAAGCUCGCCCCCAGCUUAAAGAAAGCGCACUUUUGUAUUAUAAGACGUUGGAUCCUUUGAAGGACAAUAAAGAUGAAACGGUGCAGCUGCAUUUACAGCUUUACUUAGAGUAGCAAAAAGGCAGCAGUGUGUGUGAUUAAUGCACUAAUUUUUAUAUGUACUUAUUUGAUAUUGUUAUUACUAAAAGAAUAUAU